UCGAUGACGAAGACAAAAAUGUUCAACCUGAAAUUCUCAACAAUUCUUCCAAUCAACAAAAUUCCAAAGGAACUAAACCAAAACCCUUCAAUCGUCAAUACAGCAAAUCCAAUGAUUUUCAUUUCAAAAUUCACUGGAUAUGCUUUAUUCAGCUUUAAUCCGAGAACCUUCAAAGUUUGUUUUACAAAAUUUGACAUUUUCGCUCUUUUUGCGACAAUUUGUGUAAGUUUGGCACUGAAUUGUAUCUACUGGAAGAGCAUCGUUGAAGCUGGAGUCAAUGUCAAUCAAAUAUCACGUGCCAGCUUCCCAAUUCUUGUAUAUUCUGACUACUUAGUAAAUGUUGCAUCGACUGGCUGGAUUUUCUUAAACAGGAACAAAAUUUCGGAACUUUUGAAGAGUUUUCGAGGAAUUGAUGAGAAUUUUAAGGAAGUUGGUGUCCAAUUUGAUUAUGGCAGACAAAGAUUGGCAAUCAUUAAGUCAAUAGUUUUGGUAUUAAUUGGAAUGACAUUUUGGAUAAGCCUGGAUCUUUACAUAAUCAUCACUUCCAAGUUCAUAAAUGAUCUUCAAUUCACAAUCAUCAUUUUUUGGUCAAACUUAUGCAUGAUCCUUCAGAUCCAUCACCACGUUGCAAUCAUAAAUGCUAUCAAAAGUCGAGCGAUGGAACUCCAACAAGCUCUACACAAAAAAUCACCAAACAUCCAAAAAGUCUCAAAAAUUCACCUCGAAAUCAUCGAAAUUAUUUCAAAUUUUAAUCGAAUUUUUUCACCAAUCAUGCUUCUGUACUUUGCGAAUGGCUUUGCAUGGUCCUGCAUAUCAAUCUUUGACAUUGUCACAUUUCCUGAUGCUGUUUGGUCUAACUUACUCAGCCCAGCUCUUCUGGUUGGUGGACAUUGUGCGAUGGAGUUUUUAAUCGUCAUUAUUGUGAUUUACUCGGUCGAGGGUGUUAAGGUUGAGUUUGAUAAGUUAAAGAAGAUCUGUUGCAGGAUGUUGAAUGACACAAAUGGAAAUGAGAGGAUGGAAGUUGAAGUUUCUAAAUUUUUGACUCAAGUGACAACUUUGAAGGUUAAGUUUACUGGCGGUGUCGUUGACUUUGACUGGAAGUUGCUGUUUAAGUUUGCCACAGCAUGCAUCAUGUACUUUGUAAUUUUGGUUCAGUUCCAUGGAAGCUUUGAGGACAAGAAGUAA